UUUCCACUCCCUUCUUUCUCUCUCUCCCCCUCCAUGACCAAAUCAUCAUAAUCUUACUCUUAGAUAACACAUACCUGUUCUCAGAUUCAUACUACUUCAUCACUACUACUUCAUAUUUAGCUCAUAUGAUCCUGAAAAAAUCUCUUCAAGGUCAUCUUUCUUGAUCCAUCCCAUCACCAUAUAUAUUAAGUUUCUUUUUCGAAAGUUUUAGGAUACAAUAAGUUUGUGAAACAUGAGAGCAGGAGGCUGCAUGGUGCAACAAGCCCUAACAGCUGAGGCUGCGAGUGUUGUAAAACAAGCGGUAACGCUCGCCAGACGCCGAGGCCACGCCCAAGUAACCCCACUUCAUGUAGCAAACACCAUGCUCUCUGCUCCCACAGGACUUCUCCGAACAGCUUGCCUUCAAUCUCACUCUCAUCCACUUCAGUGCAAAGCCCUAGAGCUCUGCUUCAACGUCGCACUUAAUCGCCUCCCCGCCUCGACGUCUACCCCCAUGUUGGGAGCUCACUCUCAAUACCCUACCAUCUCUAACGCUUUGGUCGCCGCCUUUAAGCGGGCGCAGGCUCAUCAAAGGCGCGGCUCGAUUGAGAACCAGCAGCAACCACUUUUAGCCGUAAAGAUAGAGUUAGAACAACUUAUUAUCUCUAUUUUAGACGAUCCAAGUGUGAGUAGAGUCAUGAGAGAAGCCGGUUUCUCUAGUACUCAAGUGAAAAGCAAUGUUGAACAAGCUGUGUCUUUAGAAAUAUGUUCUCAGAAUAGUCCUGUAAGUAGUAAUAACAAGUCUAAGGAAAGUAAUGUUUUAGUCCUCUCUCAUCAGUCGGCUCCUCCUGUAGGUCAAAUUGGAACAAAAGUUAUUACUAAACCAAAAGUGAUAGAUCCAAUUAGGAAUGAGGAUGUGAUGUAUGUUAUAGAAAAUUUGAUGAACAAAAGGAGGAGAAAUUUUGUGAUUGUGGGAGAGUGUCUUGCUAGUGUUGAGGGUGUUGUUAGAGGAGUGAUGGAGAAAGUUGAUAAAGGAGAUGUUCCUGAGAUUUUGAGAGAUGUGAAGUUUAUACCACUUUCUCUUUCUUCUUUUAGGCAUCAAAAUAGAGUAGAAGUUGAACAAAAAGUUGAAGAAAUUAAGAAUCUAGUGAGGAGUUAUAUUGGAAAAGGAGUUGUUUUGAAUUUGGGAGAUCUUGAAUGGGCUGAUUAUAGGGCUAGUUCAAGUGAACAAGGAAGAGGGUAUUAUUGUUCUGUAGAGCACAUAAUUAUGGAAAUUGGGAAAUUGGUUUGUGGAAUUGGACAGAAUGGAAGGUUUUGGCUUAUGGGGAUUGCCACUUUCCAAACUUACAUGAGAUGUAUAUCCGGCCAUCCAUCUCUUGAAACUGUCUGGGGUCUUCAUCCUUUAACAAUUCCUGCAGGAAGUUUACGCUUGAGUCUCAUCACUGACAGUGAUGUACAAAGUCAGUCCUCAAGUAAGAGAGCUGAAGGUGGAGAUCAAGAGAAGAACCUCACUUGCUGUGCGGAUUGUUCAGCAAAAUUUGAGAUUGAAGCUCGAAGCUUAGAAAGAAGCAAUGGUAACAGUGAGUCUACAACUUCAAGCCUUCCUGCAUGGCUUCAACAAUACAAGGAUGAGAACAAGACACUCAGCAAUAAUAAUAAUAAUGAUAAGGACUCUUCUGCAGUGAGAGACCUUUGCAAAAAGUGGAACUCAAUUUGCAAUUCAAUCCACAAACAACAUUACAUUUCUGAAAGAACAACCCUCACUUUCUCUUCCAUUUCACCUUCUUCCUCUACUUCUGGUUUCUCAUAUGACCACAACCAGUACCCUAAUUUUCACAGGACCCGCCAUGAUUGGAGUACUACUGUUGUUGAACCCAAAGAGUCAUGGACGGAACACCAUCUCUGGUUUUCUGAAACUCUUAACAAAAGUACACCUGAACCCACUUUGAGAAUGUACAUUCCUGAGCAUAAUCAGGAUACCAAACAGCCCCUUUCAUCCAACCCUAAUUCCACUCCAAACUCGGCGUGUUCAAGCGAUGUCAUGGAGAUGGAAUAUGUCCACAAUUUCAAGGAGUUAAACGCUGAAAACGUAACAUCUCUAUGCAAUGCAUUGGAGAAGAAGGCACCACGGCAAAAAAAUAUAAUUCCGGAAAUUGUGACCACAGUCUUGAAAUGCAGGUCCGGUAUGUUAAAAAGAAAAGGCAAUGUUAGAGAUCAAAGUGAGAUCAAAGAAGAAACUUGGUUGUUCUUCCAAGGUGUUGAUAUGGAAGCAAAGGAGAAGAUUGCUAAAGAAUUAGCUAGGCUUGUUUUCGGCUCCCAUUCGAACUUCGUUUCGAUUGCAUUAAGCAGUUUCUCUUCUACAAGAGCCGACUCCACUGAAGAUAGUAGAAACAAAAGGUCAAGAGGUGAGCAAAGUUGCAGUUACAUCGAGAGAUUCGCUGAAGCAGUGUCAAAUAAUCCGCAUCGAGUCUUCUUCAUUGAGGAUGUUGAGCAGGCCGAUUAUUGUUCACAAAAAGGCUUCAAAAGGGCGAUUGAAAGAGGAAGAAUAACGAAUUCAAAUGGCGAUGAAGUUGGCCUUAGUGAUGCCGUUAUCAUUUUGAGCUGCGAAAGCUUCAGUUCAAGAUCAAGAGCGUGCUCUCCUCCUGUGAAGCAAAAAUCAGACGGCUCUGAUGAGGAGAAAGGUACUACAAUGGAGGAGACAAGCCCUUCUGUGUCGUUGGAUUUGAAUAUUUGCAUUGAUGAUGAUAGCACCGAGGAUCAGUCAAUUGAUGACAUUGGACUUCUUGAAUCUGUGGAUAAACGGAUUAUUUUCAAACUUCUUGAGUUAUAAUUAAUAGUUGUUUUAAUUUAUUCACUUUAGUUCUUUAGAUUCUCAGGCAUUUCCAUUCAGGUCUUCAGUUUAAGGAAGAAAUUUCCUCUCUAUGUAAACCACCACGUGUAUAGUUUCAUCUAGGUCGAUCGCUUUCCAUCAAUGUUUUUAAUUUAUUUUCUUUUUUUUUUU